AUGGCACCUAAUACGCUUGUUGGUGAGUACAUUAUUCCUGCAAGUUGCACGACGAUUAAAGGAGGAGAUUCGCCUGAUAAAAGUCCUUUCCUAUUUUGCAGAGACAACAUCACAUCAAUUAGUACCGAACGAGGAAGUCUUCUUUCUGAUGUUUGUUUCUAUUGUUUUGCCAAUUCUGCUCUUGUUUCAUGUGAUCUCAGCGAAUGCACAAAAUUAUUAAAUAUCAACUGCGCAAUGUUCUCUGGAUGCACGAAGUUAUCUAGUGUCAAACUUCCUCCCAAUUGUGAAGCUUUAAAUGCUGGAUGCUUCAAAGACACUAAAGCUUUAACAAAAUUAGAUCUUCCUGAUACUGUUAGGACAAUUGCAGGUUAUCAUCCUGUCUAUUAUAAAGUUUUUUCGAAUAGUGGACUAAGAGAGCUAAAAAUUAAUCCGACUUCGAACUUGAGAUCAAUUAGAACAGAUUGUUUCGCUGAUUCAAAUUUGGAAUAUUUCUAUUUUCCUGAGUUUUGUACUGAUGUUUCAUUUUCUGCAUUUCAAGGCUGUCCAAUAAUAGAGUUCUCAAUCCAUAAGAAUAAUAAUAAAUAUAAAACAGAUGGCACUAGUAUUUUUAUUGGAAAUAAUAAUGAAACACUCUUAUUUGUUAGCUCUGCUUUUACUGGCACAUAUUCCGUUCCAAGUUUCGUGACGAAAAUUGAAAGUUCUGCAAUAAGAGGUUGUUCCUUGUCAGGUUGUCAUAUAGGUUCUCAAGUUACUUCUGUUGGUUCUUGGGUUCUAUCUGCGAGCAAAAUAACUGAAUUCUCAUUUCCUCCACAAAUGACAACUGUUGUUGAAUACAUGUUUUUUAACUGCUAUUAUCUUACUACCGUUACAUUUACUGACGCAAUAGUAAGGAUUGAAAGAAUGGCAUUCCAAAGUUGCUCAGCAUUGCGAAAUUUAGUUUUGCCUUCAAAAUUAAAGUCAAUUAGAGAUGGUGCUUUCGCACAAUGCUUUUCUCUUAGGACGUUAACAAUUCCUGCAACAUGUGAUCAAUUUGGUGAUGGUGUUUUCAAAGAGAUUUCAAUUACAAUUAAUUCGUUGAAUCCUGAAAUCCAGAUUGAUAAUUAUGUCAUGUACAAAAACAAUCGUCAAACUAUCACUGCAUAUCUUGGAUCAAAUGCUUCUUCCAGUAUUAAAAUCAACAGCAGCUGCACUCUUAUUGGCACUGGAGCAUUCCAAUUAAAGUUAUUAUCACAUGUUACAUUUGAUAACAACGAAAUGAUCAACAUAUCUUCAUAUGCAUUUUCUUCAUCAACAAUAAAAUCAAUCACAUUUCCUUCGGGAUUAAUGAAAAUGGAACAAUAUGCAUUCAGUAACUGUCAAAAUCUCACAAGUGUUGUAUUCCAAGGUUCGCAAAUAACUGCGAUUCCAGAUUAUUGCUUCUAUCAAUGUCCAUUGCUGUCACGGAUUGUUUUCCCAUCUUCCAUUACUAGUAUUGGAGAAUCUGCUUUUCGAGAAUCACCUAAGAUUGGCGAUAUUGGUAUUACAAAUCUAAAUAGUCUUUCCAGCAUCGGUACAUAUGCAUUCUAUCAAAGUGGUCUUACUACGGCAGACAUAUCCAGUCAAAGUCACACAGUUGGGACACAGGCAUUUGCACAAUCUAAACUCGAAAGUCUUACUAUUGCAUGCAACAUCUCACAACAACUUUGUCAAAGCUGUGCAUCAUAUGAAUACAGGUGUUGA